UUUUAAAAUUUGUUAUUGUUAAAAUUAUUAGUAUUAAAGAUUAAUAAUUUAAGAAUUUCAUAUUUCUUAUUAAAAAUAAUAUUAUAUAUAUAUUUUUAAUUUAUAUUAUUAAUAAAAUAUGUAUGGAAGAAAAGGUUUUCAACUUAUAUUAGAAUUAGAUUCAUGUACUGAUAUAUCACAAUUUAAUGAGGCAUUAGUUAAAGAAGUUUUAGAAGAGAUGCAAUCACUAUAUAAUGCAAAUAUGGCAGAUAGUAAUGCUAUUAGAAAUGAUGAUAAUAUGGCAUUAUUACCAUCAGUACAGUUAAGACAUAUAGCAUUAACAAGAAAUAAAAGGUGUAUCUUAGCAUAUAUAUAUAAUAGAAUGAGAAAAUUAAGAGAAUUACGCUGGGAAUUAGGAAGUAUUUUACCACCAGAAAUAAAUUCCAAUCUAUUAAAUGCUGAAAUUCAAUGGUUUCAAUCAUAUAAUAAAUCUUUAGCUACAUAUAUGAAAUCUUUGGGAGAAGAUUAUGGAUUUAAUUUAACAACAAAUAUCUUACCUCCAAAAACUCCUUACGUAGAGGUAAAAUGUGUAAUGGAUUUUGGAAGAUUAGAAUUGGAAGAUGGACAAGUAAUUUUGUUAAAAAAGAAUACAUAUCAUUUAUUACCAAGAUCUAUAUGUGAACCAUUAAUACGACAAGGCAUACUUGAACAUAAUAAUAUAUAAUAAUUGUUAUUUUUAUGAAAUAUUAAAAUAAAAAUUAUAAAAUAUA